AUGGCCGCUACUAGAACUUCGUCGCGUCAAGCCGCUCGCAAAGCUAAUGAGGCUAUUUCCAGCACCAAUGGUAGUCGUGGAAAGACUUCAGGAGCCCAAAAACGCAAGGGAUCUACAGCAAAAUUGCCAGCGCCUAAGAAGGAGAAAAAAGAGGAUACAGAACCGAAAGAGCAAAACGGAGAAGACCAUAUAGCCGCGGAGCAUCAAGAGAAGGAGCAGCGAGACAAAACGGAAGAAAUUCAAAAAGCCCACGAGGCUGGACAGCCUCAACCAGAGCAUAAGCUGAAGCACGAACCAUCUGAAGAAGAUCAGAAAGAAGAGAAAGAAGAUAAAGCGAAAACUGUUAAUGGGCAUGAGGAGAAAGCCACAACCCCUCAAGAAAAGCCACCCGAUAAGGAACCAGAGGCAGGCGUAAGCGUUGAAUCAGGGAUUAGAAAGUCAGAAGAACGGGAAGACAUCGUACCCUCGAACAUCCUCGAGAAAGGAAUUAUAUAUUUCUUCUUCCGGCCACGGGUCAAUGUAGAGGAACCGCACAGUAUACAGGAUGUUUCCCGGAGCUUUAUCGUUCUUCGCCCGACCCCUAAGGGCGCUAUGCUGGGCGCAGAUCAAGGUUCUGUUGCAACUGAUGCUCACUGUCGCUUGAUGAUGCUCCCCAAGAAGAAAUUUCCCACAUCUGCGAGGGAAAGGGACAUGGGGUUCGUGGAGAAAGCUGGAAUUUCAAUGAAGGACUUACAGGAUUCUUUCAUUACUGGGGCACAUUACGAAACUUCGACGCGAGGUGAACGCACCAGGCCAGAUGCCAAACCAUAUGCCGAAGGGGUUUAUGCAAUCACAGCCGCAAGAAGAUCUUCCCAUCUUGUCUAUAUUUUAACUAUUCCUUCUGAAGCUGGAGAUCUUCAACAUGAUUUUGGUGUGUACCAACGUGGUAGUUGGAUCAUUCAGUCGAAGAACCCCAAGUACCCCGGUCCGUCAUACGCACGUUUGCCAAAAGAUCCGGAGUAUCCUGAUGACGUACGGGAGAAAUUCCACGACCUGCGAUGGGUUCCCACUGAGCCUGAAUUUAUCAACUAUCCAAACGCGCAAUUCCUCAUGAUUGGCUCGGCAAAAGAUGAUCUCGGAAAGGCUGCCAUUGCAGAAGCUGGUGCCAAAGAGCCUAGUGAGGAGCAGCCUGGAGAAGAACUUGAAAAGCUGGAGCAUGGAAAUGAAGAACGGAUUGAAGCCCUGCAAGGUGAUGAUACUAUUUACGAGGAUCUGGAGUUGGAUGCAAAGAAUUAUCCCAAGGUGCCAACUACCUGGAACUUUCAGGAGUAG